AGUACAGUCGUAUAGCUUAUACAAAUAAAAUAAAUUAUCUGCAUGCGUAGUAUUGUUUAUUACAUGAGAAGAGUAAUUGGAGUCGAUUGUGGUACAACUACAUACAAAUCUUUCAUAAAACCGACAAUACAUACAUUACAAAAAAUGAAGCAAGACCUAAAGAAUGAAGAUACACCAGAGAAUGCUACAUUAUGGAAGAAAUAUACUCGCAUUAUGGGAGUUGUGGCACUAUAUUGGACAAUCAGUAUCAGUUUAGUAUUUCUGAAUAAAUAUUUAUUGAAAAGUGACAGUUUAAAAUUGGAUGCACCAUUGUUUGUUACCUUUUACCAAUGUGUCAUCACUGUUUUAUUAUGUUUGGUAUGCAGUGCAGUAUCGCAAAAGAAACCAAACUUACUAACUUUCCCAUCUACACAAUUUGAUAUGAAACUUUCGAGAGAGGUUUUGCCUCUGAGUAUUGUUUUUGUGGGUAUGAUUACAUUCAAUAAUCUUUGUUUGAGGAGCGUUGGGGUCGCUUUUUACACCAUCGCAAGAUCUCUUGUUACAAUAUUCAGUCUCAUCUUUACCUAUUUUAUUCUUGGAAAGAAAACUUCAUUACCAGCUUUGGCCACAUGUGCAGUGAUUAUCUCCGGCUUUUGCUUGGGAGUAAAUCAAGAAGGUGAAGUGGGAAGCUUGUCAGUACUUGGUACUGUAUAUGGUGUAAUUGCAAGUUCGCUUGUUGCGUUGAAUGCAAUUUAUAUCAAAAAAAUAUUGCCAGUUGUGGAUGAAGAUAUAUGGAAACUGACUUACUACAAUAAUAUCAACGCAUGUGCCAUAUUUUUACCAAUGAUUAUCAUAUUUGGCGAACUUAAAACUUUAUUUGAGUUUGAAAAUUUGUCAUCGAUGUCAUUUUGGUUUUUUAUGACUCUUUCUGGAUUUUUCGGAUUUAUAAUGGGCUUUGUUGUUGGAUUGGAAGUAAAGGUCACGACCCCUGUCACUCAUAACAUCAGUGGCGUAGCAAAAGCUUGUCUUCAAACUGUCAUUGCUGUUGUUUAUCAUGGGCAGACAAAAACAGCUUUAUGGUGGAUGUCUAAUCUUUUAGUUCUUACUGGUACAGGAGCCUACUCUGGUGUGAAAAGCUGGGAAAUGAAAGUUGCUCAUGAAGAAGCAGAAAAGGCCAAACUCGCUAAAGAAUUCGAAGAGAAAAAAACUUCGGAUGUAUGAUUUAAAUACCGAAAACAUUCAAUCAUACUUAGUAACUGUUAGACUAUUUUCGCUUUUGGUAGUAUCAAGCCUUUUUAUAUGUCAAUGGAGCAUUGCCUAACAAGAUUUACACUUCUCAGUAGAAUGACUGAUGAUUGCUUUUAUCAAGUUUUGAAGUUAAGUUUUGUUGUUAUUUUACGUGGUUAUGAUAUUGACAGUUUUUUUUAAUUUUCUAUUGUAUGUAUAGAAUGAGUUCUGCACUUUGGGCAAUAAACAUAAAAUAUAGCAUGAUAUAUACCUACAUUCUUAUAGGUACCGGUAUAAUGUGUCAUUUUGUUUAUGUAAUUUCUAUUAUUGUUAAAGUAUAUAUGUGUAUGUAUAUAAAGUAGAAUGAAUAUUUAAUGCAUUGAGAUACAAAUUAAAAGUCUUAAGUUUGAAAGUCUUUAAAGUGAAAAGUCUUAAGUUUACAAAGCAGUAGCAAAAUUAGUUUUUUCUUUCAACAUAUUUGGAAAAUAAUAAAUUUAUGAUAAUUUUUUAUAAAUCUAAUUUUGAAUCAAAAUUUUACAAUUCUUGUUUUGAAAUUUGUUGUCUUCAGAUUUCAUUUGCCAUAUGUCAUUCUAAUAAUAAUGAAGGUACAAACAAAAUCAUGCUAUAUGUUUGUUGUUUUAAAUUCAAAUUUGGCACAGAAUUAGUGGCUUGUAGCUGCAUGUUUAUGAGACGAUUAUAAUACGCUUUCAUCUUAUAUAAUGUUUUCAUACACUUUUAGUAGGUUGAAGCAACAAUUUGGCUAUUACUUUGGUAAUGCAUAAUUUAAGGAUUUAGAGUCUGUCUAUAAACAUUUUUUCUCGGUGGUUAUGUUCAUCAACGCAAGUGCGUUAUCUACUUUUUGUUGAGGGAUUGAAUUCUGGGUUUCAUCAGUCUACACAAAAGGACAUGCGUGGAUAUGACUGCAUGAUGUAGAUUGUAGAUGAAUCGAAUAUUUUAGUUUCCUUCCAUUACACCAUGAUAUGUAUUCACUUCACACGUUUUUUUUUGUUUUUUUUUAACUUAUAUUCAUGGAAUCACCACUGAUGAAACCAGCUAAAGCUGAUGUUGAUAGGUAAUAAUAACUUGGAAUCUCUUUGGUUUUUGGUAGCUGUUAUUGUAGUUUUGUAGUUGCUCAUUCAUAUUGGUCCUUUAUUUCUAAGUAUAUUCAAUAUUUAAGGCAGUGAAUUUGUUAUGCACUUCUAUAGGCUCAAGUGCUGUUUUUUUACUUUCAUGCAGAUAUCCAUACGUAUACGGAGGUUUCAUUUUUUAGGGGUUAUAACACAUUAGUUUAAACUUGCAUUGUCAUAAUGUAGUGCAAUGGUGCUGAAAACGUAUAUCACAGAAAUGGACAUUUUUGAAAAUAUAUAUUAAGUUUUACCAGCAAUAAAAUUCACAUGGGAAGUAGUUACCUGUAAUUAUUUAUCUGUUGGGCCUUUGUCUAUUAGGGUUAUUGGCACAGCACAGCAAGUUAUACCUUUUCUGUAGUUGGAUGAUUCGUUAAAUAUACAAAUUUUCAUUUUGCACAAAUAAAAAGUAGUGGCUAAAAAUUUGAA